AUGGGCGGCUCUCAUGCCGGCAUCACCAACGCCUCUUAUGCUGCUAUGCUCGACACUGGCAACUUCAUGCUCGUGAAUUCUCAAGGUUUGCCUCGAUGGCAGAGCUUCCAGGUGCCUUCAGACACCAUAUUACCGUCGCAAGUGUUGGAUCUCGGCAGCCACCUUUCAGCUCAUUUGAUGGAUGAUGAUUACUCCAGCGGAAGAUUCACCCUCCUAGUCCAAACUGAUGGCAAUCUCGUGCUUUACACAGUGGCUGCCCCAUCCGGCUUUCAAUAUGAUGCUUAUUGGUCUAGCAAUACCCCCGGAAAUGGAUCGAAACUUGUCUUCAAUGAGUCAGGCAUCUACUUUGCCCAAAGGGACAAUAGUACAGUCGUCUUUACUUCCAGCGGAGUGCACUCGACGCAAGAUUUCUACCAAAGGGCAACUCUUGAUGCCGAUGGGGUCUUCAGACAUUACAUACACCAAAGGAAUGGCAUAACAGUUGGCGUGUGGAGCGAUGGCUGGACGCCGGUGGUUUUCCAGCCCCCUGAUAUAUGCCAAGUGACCAACUCGGGUGGAGGGAGUGGCGCUUGUGGAUUCAACAGCUAUUGCAGGUUCAAUGAAAACCAACAUGUCGAUUGCGAGUGCCCACCACAGUAUUCCUUCCUGGAUGCAGGCAGAAAGUACAGAGGGUGCAAGCCUGAUUUUGCUGCCCAGAGUUGUGAGGCUGAUGCAUCGGAGACGCAUGAGCUGUAUGAAUUCAUAGCCAUGACGAAUGUUGAUCGGCCUUCAUCGGACUAUGAGCAGUAUAGCUCCAUGGAUGAGGAACAAUGCAGAGAGGAGUGCUUCGCGGACUGUUUUUGUGCGGUUGCUAUCUAUGAUGAUGGGAAUUGCAAGAAGAAGAGGCUUCCCCUUUCCAUUGGGAGGACCGGCAACUCUCGCAGCAAAAAAGUCCUCAUCAAAGUGUCCAAAGUUAAUGUUAGAGCUAGUCUCAGGAUAUUUACCAAAGAAUAA